AUGUUUACACGUGAAGAAUCUAGAACUCGUUUAGGAGAUAUUUAUAAAUUGUUAGAUGCUACUAUACUUGAGUAUCAAAAUCCUAUAACUGGUUUAUUUGAAAAUAAUCCUACAAAUUUUCCAAAUCAUGCUUGGAUUCGUGAUAAUUUAUAUGCAGUUCAAGCAUUAUGGGCUCUAUAUAGAGCUUAUAAAAAAUGUGCCUACUCUGAUGAGGAGAUGGAAAAUGUAAAAAAAAUUGGUUAUAGUUGUAUCAAAGUUAUGCAAUCAAUUAUGGAAUGUAUGAUUCGACAGGCUGAUAAAAUUGAACUUUUUAAGUUACACCAAAGGCCAUAUGAUGCUUUACAUGCAAAAUAUUCUGCAAUUAACAAAAAAUCCGUUUCUGGUGAUCAAGAAUGGGGUCAUCAUCAAAUUGAUGCUAUUUCAUUAUUUUUAUUAAUUCUUGCUCAAAUGACAGCUUCUGGUUUACAAAUUGUUAGAAAUUUUGAUGAGGUUGCUUUUAUACAAAAUUUAGUUUACUAUAUUGAAAUAGCUUAUAGAACUCCAGAUUAUGGAAUUUGGGAACGGGGUGAUAAAACAAAUCAAGGAAUUACAGAGUUAAAUUCAAGUUCUGUUGGAUUGGCAAAAGCAGCAAUGCAUGCUUUAAGAGAAGUUGGUGAUUUAUUUUCUGAUGGAUCAAAAUCAUCUUGUAUUCAUAUCGUUUCUGAUGAAAUUGAACAAUGUGAUGCUGUAUUAUCAUCAAUGCUUCCAAGAGAAUCAUUUUCCAAAGAAGUUGAUGCAGCUUUACUUUCUAUGAUUUCAUUUCCAGCAUUUGCUGUAGCUGAUAUAGAAUUAAUUACUAAAACAAGAGAUGCUGUUUUAGAAUUAUUAUAUGGGCAGUAUGGAUGUAUUCGUUUUAUAAGAGAUGGUUAUAAAACUGUAUUAGAAGAUCCAAAUAGAUUACAUUAUAAUAAUUCAGAAUUACAAAAUUUUGAAAAUAUUGAAUGCGAAUGGCCUCUUUUCUUAUUAUUUUUAAUAAUUGAUUCUUAUUUUAAUAAAGAUGAAGAAAAAAUUAUUGAAUACUGGGCUAGAUUAGAACGUUCUUUAGUAAAAGAUAAAGAUUUAGAUUUGGUUCCUGAAUUAUAUCGUGUUCCUGCUAACAAAGUUCAAGCUGAAAAACGUGAUCCAAAAAGUCAAAAACGAGAAGUUGGUGGUUUAGUUCCAUUUUUAUGGGCACAAAGUUUAUAUAUUAUUUGUUUACUUCUUCGUGAAAAUCUUAUUACAGCUCCAGAAUUAGAUCCAUUAUCUAGGAGAUUAGCAAUAACUGAAAAACGGCCACCAAGUGAGGUUCAAGUUGUUAUAUUGGCUGAAACAUUAGAUGUAAAACAUCAAUUGGCUGAAAGAGAUAUUGAAGUUCAAACACUUGAUGAAAUUGAUCCUAUUUUUACUGUACAACCAGCAUCUGUUUUUCAAAAAAUUUUAGGAAGAUUUGGUGAAUGUAAUAAACUAAAAUUAACUGGUCGUCCAGAAGAUAGAGAUAUCGGAUUAUUAACUACAUCUAUUCUUUAUCAACUUGGACAAAGAUUUGUAGUUUUUACACCACAAUUUAUGGACCGUAAAAGAUCACAUCUAUUUUAUGAUAUUCGUAUUUUAAUGGAUGAAUGGGCUAGUGAGUUACAAUAUAUUUAUACUUCUUGGAAUUCUGCAAAUAUGUCUGGACGUCCAUUAGUUGUUUUAGUUGUAUCAAAACAUAUGUUGCAUAAUAAAGAUGUGAAUGAAGAAAAUGAAGAUGGAUUAUCAUCUAUUGAAAUGAAGGCAACAGUUAUAGAUACAAUUUUAAAAAUUAAAAAUGGAUAUAUAGAUGGUAGUAGAGUUGUAAUGGGCCAUCUACAUUCUUUUUUCAGAACUACAGCUAUAUCAAAACUUCAUCUUCAUGAUCAUUAUUCACAUUUUAUAAAUCAUUCAUAUAUGAAUGGAAGUGCUCAUAGAAGUUAUUUAGAUAGAGAAGAUGUAAAUGAAGCCACUUCUGAUACACCACAGAGAAAAGAUAGUGGAAUAAAACGUUCAAAUUCAAUUAAAGAUAGAAGACCAAAACAAUUUAAUGCUGUACAUGAAGCUUCUAUGCGCCAUAGAUCAAUGAUAUUUGAUUCAAAUGAUGUUGAUUUGGUUCAACUUCGAUUAGCUUAUAAUUCAGCUAAAAUGAAUAGUCUUAAUUCAAUACCAUCAAGUCCUGAAAAACUUAUUGAUACAUUAUCUGAAACAAGAUGUUCAACUAGUCCAAUAGAAAUACCAUCAAAUGCUCCUGAAUUUUUAGCUUCUGAAUAUGUAGCUUCUCCGUUUGGUGAGGAGUCAUGGCUUACAAAUCAUCAAAAAAAUGAAUUAAUUGAUAUGAGUGAUGAUAGUUUAAUUGAUUUAUUAAAUGAAACAAAUAUAUUGGAAGAACAAGCAAGUAUAAUUCAUUGCCUUUGGAUUAAACGUGGUCCAAAUUAUCAAAUUUAUAUGAAAUCACAUGAUGUACAUGUUUCUGUACGUGAGUUAACUGAAGAAGUAUAUAGAAAAGCAUGUAUUGGUAGGGAAUGGACAUGGGUUAGAAUUGCAUCUGGUUUAUUAGAUAAACAAAUGGAUGAAUUAACAAAAAAUGUUACACAUUUAAUGGUACGACAAAAACAAUUAACAGUUGGUUUACCAUCAAAAACUGAGGAAGCAAUAACUUGUCCAAAAACAAAAGAAGAAUUAAGAAUAAUUCUUAAUCGUGCUUAUAGAGAUGAUAAAAAUGGAAUAACUUUAGCUCAAGAAGUUAUAGUUGCAUUAGGAAGUUUAGUUCGUACAGAUCCUAAAUUAUUUAUUGAAAUGUUUAGGCUUCGUAUUGGUCUUAUUGUACAGGUUAUGGCUAGUGAAUUAGCAAGAAUUAAACAUUUAGGAGUUGAGGAAGCAUCAUUACAUCUAUUAUAUUUAAGUCCAUUUGAAAUUAAGGAAAUGAUUCAUGCAUUAUUAAGUGGACGAUUAUUAGAAGAAGUGAGUAGUAGAUCAUCAGUUGGUGUUGGUAUAAGAGAAAAACGUACAGGAAUGGAAAGUUUCAGAAAACAAAUAGAAGAAAGAAAAAGUUUAAGAAGAAGUUUACGAUCAGUUAUAUCAAAAAAUGAUGAUACAGUUUUGGAAAAAGAGGAAUGUAGCGAUGAUAGUGAAUUAGAUGAUGAUUAUCAAUAUGGUAUAUGGUUAAGACAUAGAAGAAUUGAUGGAGCACUUAAUAGAGUUCCACAAUCAUUUUAUGCUACAAUAUGGAAUACUUUAAGAAGAUUUUAUAGUGGAAUUACUGUUGGUGGACAUCUUUUAGAUUGGAGUUUAACACAAGAAAUGACAACAAGAGAAAUCAAAUUUUCACUUCAAGUAGAACAUAUAUUAAAUCAAAUUGUUGAACCUGAAUAUCGGGAAAUUUUAGUUGAAGCAUUUAUGUUACUUGGAAAUGUUGAUAAGUUAAUACAAUAUGCUCCAAGAAUUGAUAAUUCUCAACCAUUUGAGUUAGAUAGAAUUGUUCGUGUUGCAAAUGCUUUAUUUGUAGAACAUAAUCGUGAAAUGGACACAAUUGUAAUGGAAUGUUGUGGAAGUAAUAAUUUUUGUGAUGGCGCUAGAGGAAUUUGUCAAUAUUUUUAUGAUUCUGCACCAGCCGGUGAAUAUGGAACAGCUCAUUAUAUGAUAAAAGCUCUUAUGGAUCUUUUUGCCUAUGAUUUUUAA